AUGGACUACGCCCUUUGUGAGGCUUCCCGGCACAACAUGGAAGGCAUCACCAGGGCCGUCACCUUCUAUGAUAUCAACUGUCAAUACAACAAACACUUUCGGGUUUGGGUGGAUCGAGGUCGAUUUCUAGAAAUGGCACCGCAACUAACCAUCAUUCCUGGAAUUGGGUUGUGGCACGUUCAUGGCCAUCAGGACAGCUGCUAUGUCCGAUAUGCAUCUAACUUUAUUGAAGGCAUUGGUCGGAUCGAUGGAGAGAUCAUGGAGACGCUAUGGGCACAGCUCAAUCUGAUUUCCCCUGCUGCUCAGGGAAUGUCAUCUCCGCACCAAAAGGAAUGCCUUGAUUAUCAGAUGAAUGACUCCAAUUUCUGCAAGAUGAUUCGCAUGAAAAGGACUCUAUGCUGGAAAUACAAGCUGGCGAGGAAUGGCAUCUCGGAAAGUGGAAAGGCAUUCGACAGACUCGAUGAAGCAGCACCGGCACAUUUGAAGACAGAAUGGUUAGCCAGGGAGAGGAUAGCUCAGUCAAGCAGAUUGAAUGAUCCUUCAGCGGAGCCCCUUCAGUGA